CCCACCUCGGUGAGGAAAAGGAGGAGGUGGUGUAAGUGGGAGUAGUAUCAGCAGAGAUUCUGCAGUGUCUUCUGCAUUCGAGCAUCUCCGUGAUGCGUUCACGGCCAAAGCCUUCCUCCUCCUUCCCGUGCGUCCUCUCAGGCGCGGCGGAGAUGAACUCUCCCGCCAACUGAACCGGACGCCGGCCCUCUUUCUCCUCCCGCCUCCACUUCCUUUUUUCUCCCUUCUCGCUUCCGUCCGUUCGAAUGGAAGAUGGUGGCGAUAGGCGGGAGGUGUUUCAGCGACGUCCGCCUGCUGUCUCUGCAGGUCAUCGUGAUGCUCGGCGGCGCGGCGUGGCCUUCUUCGGAGGGACUCACCUUCCCUCAGCAGUACACAUGGAGAGCCAGGCGGGGACUAACUUUGGACGCGCAAGUGGCAGUUUUCUAAUGGUAACCUAAGGAUAAUGCACUGGGCGAGGCGCAUCGAGCAGGAGAUUGACAGAGUCUUUCAGCACAUCAGUGGAGCUCAGCAGCUAAAAGGGAUAUACAACGAAGAAAGAAGACGUUUUAGUCUGGUGAAGAAUCAGCCUCGAAAGAUUGUGGAGAAGGUGGCCUCAGACAUCGAGAAACUUCUGGCUAAGAAGCGCAAAGCUCUCGAAAGGUUAGCCAGAGAGGCAGAGCAGCUCCAGCGAGAGCAUUCCUGGCAGGAUGACAUCAAGGAGCUGGACAUGGCGUACUAUGACUCCAAGGCGGAGCUGGAUUAUUUUUCCAUGGAUGGAGAAAGCGAAGUGGAGAAUCCUUCCCACAUCAAGCUGGAGUUUGUGUAUGACCCAAAUUUCAAAAACAACGUCAACUAUUCCUACACGGCGGUUCAGAUUCCCACGGACAUUUACAAAGGAGCUCCGGUCAUUCUUAACGAGCUGAACUGGACUCAGGCUCUGGACAAAGUCUUCAUGGAGAACAGUCGGGAGGAUCCGUCACUACUGUGGCAAGCGUUCGGGAGCGCCACUGGGGUGACCCGCUACUACCCUGCCAGUCCGUGGAAAGCCCCUGAUAAAAUUGACCUAUACGACGUCAGGAGGAGACCCUGGUACAUCCAGGGUGCUUCUUCCCCCAAAGACAUGGUCAUUCUUGUCGAUGUGAGCGGCAGUGUCAGCGGGCUCACAUUGAAGCUAAUAAAGGCGUCAGUAAUGGAGAUGCUGGACACUUUGUCUGAUGACGACUAUGUCAACGUAGCUCGGUUCAACGAGAAGGCGGAGGCGGUGGUUCCAUGCUUUAAACAUCUUGUGCAGGCCAACGUGCGCAACAAGAAGAUUUUCAAGGAAGCGGUGCAGCAAAUGCAGGCCAAAGGCACCACCGACUACAAGUCUGGAUUUCAUUUCGCCUUCAAUCAGCUGUUAAAUAAAACAAACGUGCCACGCGCUAACUGCAAUAAGAUCAUCAUGCUCUUCACGGACGGCGGCGAAGACCGAGCCCAGGACGUCUUCAUGCAGUACAACUGGCCCAACAAAACGGUUCGAGUUUUCACCUUUUCUGUGGGCCAGCACAACUAUGACGUCACGCCCCUGCAGUGGAUCGCCUGUACAAAUAAAGGUUACUAUUUUGAGAUCCGUUCCAUCUGCGCCAUAAGGAUUAACACCCAGGAAUACCUGGACGUGCUGGGGCGCCCAAUGGUGCUGGCGGGCAGCGAGGCCAAGCAGGUCCAGUGGACUAAUGUGUAUCAGGAUGCUUUGGGUCUUGGUAUGGUGGUGACCGGGACUUUGCCUGUGUUUAAUCUUACCAUGGACGGAAACCUACAGAACCAACUGAUUUUAGGUGUCAUGGGAGUGGACGUGCAUCUGGAUGAGAUAAAACGCCUGACACCACGUUACACUCUUGGGGCCAAUGGUUACAUAUUUGCAAUGGACCCAAAUGGAUAUCUUCUGCUUCAUCCCAAUCUCCAGCCCAAGCUGGUGAACCUUCCAGAACCUGUGACGCUGGACUUCCUGGAUGCAGAAGUGCAGGACAGCAAUAAAGAGGAGAUCCGUCGGCAGAUGAUUGAUGGGCGUCCAGGUGACAUGCAGGUCAAAACUCUCAUCAAAUCUGUGGAUGAGCAAUACAUUGAUGAGGUAUACAGAGGUUACACCUGGACACCAAUAAAUGAUACAGAUUACAGUCUGGGGCUGGUACUGCCGCCAUACAAUGAAUACUACAUCCAGGCGGACCUCAGUGACGUGAUGCUCCAACUGCAGUACAUGCAGUCGUUGCUGCCCAGCUCCUUUGAAUCUUCAGGCCAUGUCUUUCUGGCUCCAAGGGAAUACUGCAAGCGUCUGCAGCUUUCAGACAACAACACCCAGUUCUUGCAGAACUUCCUCUCGCUCAUGUUGGAAAUUUCUCCCGAAUCGGACGAGUGUGACCAAGCGCUCAUUCACAACCUGAUAUUGGACUCCAGGAUCAUUGGGCAGCUGGCCUCACGAGUGUGGAAGAACAAGGAUCUUAAUUCGUACGGCUUCCUCGCUGUGUUUGCGUCCACCGAUGGCGGCAUCACGCGGGUCUUCCCCAACUUAGCUGCAGAGUUAUGGGAAGAGGAUCCUGAACCUUUCAAUUCAAACUACUACCGACGCAGCCUGGACAACAAAGGUUACAUGUUCAGAGCGCCGCCAAGAUCAUCUUUAGAUGACCUGUUAGGACCAGAAAACAGCACAGUUGGAAUCCUGGUUAGUUCAGCUGUGGAGGUUAAUCUAGGAGGCAAACUUCUCAAACCCGCUGUGGUGGGAGUGAAGCUGGACCUGGAAGCGUGGGUGGACAAAUUCAAGAUCCUGGCCAGCAAUGUGUCAGACAGUCGACAAGGCUCACACAAGUGUGGACCAUCCAGGAGUUGUGAGAUGGACUGCGAGGUCAACACUGACGACCUCCUCUGCUACCUUGUCGACGACGGUGGCUUCCUGGUUAUGUCCAAUCAAAGAGAUCACUGGAAAAAGAUAGGCCUAUUUUUUGGAGAGGUGGACCCUUACUUGAUGCACGCCCUCUACAACAACUCCAUCUUCAACCGACACCAGACUUUCCAUUUUCAGUCAGCGUGUGAGCCGGUCAGCAGCAGCCACACAGGGGCAGCACCGAGACGCUUCUUUGUGCCGUCCAUCGCCGACAUGCUCAACUUGGCCUGGUGGACAUCCACACUGGCCUGGUCUUUGAUGCAGCAGCUGCUUUACGGACUAGCGCACCACAGCUGGCUGCAGCAAGGUAAGAUCCUAGCGGAAGGCUUUGAAAUGAAAACCAGCAGCUGUGUGACCAUCCAGAGCCAGUUCUUCUUCACAAACACCACCAACUCGUACAACGUAUUGCAGGACUGUGGCAACUGCUCACGGCUAUUCCAUGCCAAGCGAAUAGAAAACACCAACCUCCUUUUCGUGGUCGCUGAGACGCUUCCAUGCAGCUCCUGUGAGAUAGAGAGACUGAGCCAAGUCAGGACCGUGUUCCAGGAGGAGAAUCCUUGUGAGGUACUGAGCAAUGCACGAUAUCGGAGAGGCCCGACAAUCUGCCUGGACUACAGUGCCUUAGAGAAUACUUCCCAGUGUGGAGGGGCUCAUUUAUUGCAGCCCUCCAUGGUGGUCCUGCUUGUCCUUCAAAUCAUUCUUCCUUUCAUUCACCUUUGACACGUGCUGCCAACCAGGUACACAAAGCGAGAGCAUCUCUUCUUCCUCUCAUUCCAACCACAAAGCAACGCCACGGUGGAAGACAAAAAAGAACAACAAAUAUUGGGGGUUUAGCCCAUUGGCUUGUUUUGCAAAAACUUUAGGGCCAAAUGGGGUAAUUUGUAAUUCCUUAUAACUUUUUGGAAAUAAUGUUGGCUUUUUCACAUAUUUGAUGGCGUCACGAUGGGAAAAAUAAACCGAUGUUGAUUAUUCAGCGACACAAAACAACCUGAAGUGGUCCAAGUCUGAGGUGAUCUUGAUGUGCUCCCACUCGAAAAGAACAUGAAAUAUAGAAAAGUGGCAUAAAUAAGUAUCAAAUAUAAAGGUAAAAAAAGAUGUAAUAAUACAAUCCUGAGUGCGUACAGGUGGUCCUCGUUUUGCUAUGUUUUGUGGCUACAAACGCAAUCCCUUAAGACUCGCUGGAGAACUAGUUACAGUGCACGUGGCGGAAGAACACAUGAUGCGCAACUACACUGAGGAAGAAUAACAUCGCUUAUUCUUGGAGAAUCGGAUUCUUCAGUGGCCUUUUGCGUUUAUUAUCAGAGUUUUGAGAAUCUCCUCUGUAGUUUCCCUUUUAAUUUUGCCGUCAUACAAGAAAUAUUUCAUUUUACAUUAUUUUAUGUGUUUAUUAGCUGACAUUUUACAAGUUACGAGUGACAAUUCAUUGCACUAAACUGAUAAUAAACCAGACAAGAGUGAUGCUUGCAGUAUAAUUUCCGUAAUAUUUUUUUUCUCCAGUAGAUGGUGCACACGUACUGACCAAUGAACACUGGCGAUGUCAGAGCUUUUUCAAAACUGGUCCCUGCACAACAUAGAUAAUUUAUGAAGGAGCCUAUAUUAUAUUAUUUUGCAACAUUUUAAAAUAAGUGCCACUAUAGUGUAUUGGAAGUGUGUUGGUCAAAAACUAGCUUUGAUACUGGAAUUUAGACAGUUUAAAAGUGUAAUUUAGUAAGACCUCCUGGAAACACGUUUAGUGUCUCUCGCUUUAAUGCUAAUGAGCUGUGUUUGUCUCCAAGAAACACUAUUAUGUACUUUAUCCACUUAUCACAAUAGAUGCCAUAACCUCCGAGUACAAGUGUCCACUGCACCAGACAUUUUGUGAUAAGCACAUUUGCAUAACACAGAUAUAUUUUUUUCCACAAAUAUGUAACUUUGACAAAAUAAUUUGAUUAAAAACAAAUGUUUACUGCAGUGGACGCUGGUUCUCAGGAGGAUAUGUCGCAUACAACAACGUAACAUGAAGGUGCGGGACAGUUGGCAACACGAGCAUAGCUAUGUGUGUUACAGUGCUAAUAUUACGCGCACAUUUUUAACAGCCGCAUCAUGCUAGUUUAGCUUAUUCACUGGAUGGAACAAUCGAUCGGUUCUCCCACCGACACAUAGUUUGCCGCUUUAUUUUAAGACGUGUACCAAAGCAUACUUUUUUUGCUAGGGGUGUCCCAAUACAACGUUUUUACUUCUGGUCUGAGUAUUGGCCAAUACUGAUAAUGAUCAGAUGUGAUAUCAGCACAAAUCAUACAUACUUUAAUUAUUUUGUAGUGUGGAAUGUUAGAUAAGGGUCUGCAUGGUGGAACAGGGGUUAGUGCAUGUGCCUCACAAUACGAAGCUCCUGGGUUUGAUCCCCGGGCUCGGGGUCUUUAUGCGUGGAGUUUGCAUGUUCUCCCCGUGACUGCGUGGGUUCCCUCCGGGUACUCCGGCUUCCUCCCACCUCCAAAGACAUGCACCUGGGGAUAGGUUGAUUGGCAACACUUAAUUGGCCCUAGUGUGUGAAUGUGAGUGUGAUUGUUGUCUGUCUAUCUGUGUUGGCCCUGCAAUGAGGUGGCGACUCGUACAGGGUGUACCCCACCUUCUGCCCGAAUGCAGCUGAGAUAGGCUCCAGCACCCCCCGCGACCCGAAAGGGACGAUCGGUAGAAAAUGGAUGGAUGGAUGGAUGGAAUGUUACAAAAGGUUUGAUCAAGUGAAAUUAGUCAAACAGAGACCAAUAGUAUGUAUGAAAAUCACCAACCUAAGGACAGACUUAUGCUGUCUUUAGGUUGAAGUGAGUGGUAAAUCGUUUUUUUGGUGACACGUAGUGGUCACAAUAAUUCAUGAAGUUAAGCUCAUCAGGAAGUACAGUAAGUUAAAUGAUGCAGACACGUCUGUGAAAGGAUACUUUUACUAUGCUUCUGCUUUGGAGACAUUGUAUGUGUAAGUAAUAUGCAACUAUAAUUAUUAGAUCAUCAUCGUUUGCCAUCUCCACCUUCGGCAGAUUACACAUCAACAUGUGUUGUCAGUCUCCAUAAAUUUCAGUCUUUAAGUGACAUCAGGUUUUGUCCGGUCCAAUUGCAGAUGUUGUUUCCAUCUGCUUCUUCUUCCUUCUAUUGUUCCUUCUAGACAGGUUUUUGCUUACACCUUGGGUAUAAUUAUGUGAUACUUGUUAAUAUUGACAAAAGUGCUGUUUUAGACUACAAUAUUGUUCAAUUAAGGACACUUAUUAUGUAUUUGUAGCUUGUGUGCUAUUGUGUGCUUAGCUGUUGUGUAGCUGCUAGCCCCUGCAGCCAACAGCGUACCGUGUUUGCUUUUCAUUCAUGACUUGACUAAAAUAGAAGAAAAUACCAACCUUGUGUGCUGGCUGUCCAGCUUUGCAAGCUUGUAUUGGACAUGAUAUCACUCAUUUUACAUGCAAGCAAAUAUCAUCCCUUACUUUUUUUUAAUGAUAUCGGACCUACAGUAUAUCAAUUUCAGACUGGGACACCCCUUACUUGAGACUACUUGCAUCAGGGAUUUUAGACGCAAGCGGAAUAAUCACAUUAUAAUCCCAUACUUGUUUGUUUUUUUGCUGAUAUUGGACCGAUAUCAGAUCAGGACACUCAUUUUUUAAACAAGUGAAAAAGAUGAUAGAUUUUUCUGCUCAGUGUGGAGGCCAACUUUGAAAUACAUGACUACUUUUCAGAGUGUUUUGAAAAUGUUGCUAAUUUCUCGCCACUUAUCAAGCACACACACCAUAAUAUAUUUUGGGGUGAUACUUGACAGGUCAGUCAGUUUACUGCAAAAAAGGACCUGAUUGUUAAGUUCUCACAAGUAAAAUGGAGCUUAAACUGUUAAAUACUACAAUUGUAUCUCCACAUUGACCCUCUUUUUGUGUUCCCAUGUGAUCUGGUUCCAGCAUUACUUGCUGAUCAUAAGCUUCUUUUAUUUUUUUUUAAAUGACUUCUGUUCUAGUUUGCAGUACAAUGCUGUUGUGUUCCCUCUUCUGUCUGCCUGCUGUUCCAGCCUGCAGUGCCUUGUUGCACUCACUCUGGAUGUUACUUCCACAUCGUCCUGCAUCGUCAUCAUUUUUUUUUUUAAACACAGGAAGAAGCGCGGAAGGAAAGGACGCUGCUUUAUGUCUUCUUCAAACUGUGGUUCAGUCAUGAAUCAAAGCACAGAUUUUUCGUACAUUUCUACCACGUCAUGCACGCACGCACACACACACACACACACACACACACAUACACACGCGCCUGAUUCUGAAAGGCUGGGUCACCUGUUUUUUUUCUGAGGUGAAUGACUUAAACAAGUGAAUGUGUAGGAUGUUUAUGUACAUGUCAGCCUGCUGUUGUGCAUCUCUGCUGUACCCCAGCAUGUAGGGAAAGGUUUGACAAAACUUAGCAUUAAAAAUAUACUGAAAAAAAAAAAACAUAGCUUUUACCCUGCAGCAUUGAAUUUAAACAACACUGCUCUUAAAAGUGUUGAUAGCCUGCAAAGUAUUGAGAUCAGUGUUGUAUUUUUUAUUUUUUUUGCUUUGUUUUUUAAUGUGCAGUAUUUAUUUGCAUGGUCUUCGGAACAAUUUCAACUUUUGUGUAUUAAUGUAUGAAACAUUCCUCCUGGUGUACAAAUGGUUGAGGAUCAACAUUUGACUUCAGUGAAGUUUAUCUGAUGAAUUGAUGCUGCCAGUUUAAGCACAAAUAGGUGUAAAGAAACAUACUGCCUGACGUACCGUGUCAUUUAUUUAGGUCUUUAAAGGUGCCAGAUGUAGUAAUGUGGCCAGAAAUGGUACGGCAAUCACGGUCAGAAUUCUGUAGUCCCCUCCCACUCUCCAUGACUGAGGUUGCCAGAUACGCAGCCGAAUCCGAAUCCUACUCCAAGGAACUUCAAAUGGCAAUCGACGAGUCCUACAUUGUAGGCUUCUCUUAUACUCCUUGCAAGAUGGUUUACUAAGUAAUUAUGCCACAUUUUACUGAUGUCAAAUAGCCAAAUGUAUUUGUAAAGUUACGCUGCAAUAUUAGUGUCAGGAGUCGGGACAGAUUGUUGGCAUUACCCUGCUAAAAUGUCUAGUUUGACCGCACGGACCACCAUCAAAAUAAUUAUAUAUAAUAUUACAUUAUAUAUCGCCUACUUUGAUGGCAAGCCAAGGCCAACAGUAAAAUUACCGCCACAUUUUGUUCAGCAUAACUCCAUGUUGCAUCCAACCUGAUGCACUGCAUUCUCUUCCAUGUACGCACAUCACCAUCUUUCAGUGCAGAGUGCGAUUCUAUGAGCCAACCCACGUUACGAUAAAACCAUGUUACGCAUAAAUCAUAUAGCCUAUUACCAUGUCAAUACACAAAGUAGAAAAUCAUCACAUGUAAUGCAUUAUAUUGUGCCAAGCAAAUACCACCCCAUAUGUGCCUGAUGCACAUACAGUACCAGAAACCGCAAUUAGCCGUGCUAAUGUUGGAACCCAUUUCCUCAGUGUAUCAGCAUAUUCAGAAGGACAUAGGCACGGACACUACCCAUAGCCACAUAGGUUUUACUUGUCGAUAAUAUAUUUUGCCCUGUCAGUUGGAUGACACAUCGACAUAUAGGCUAACGGGCAUAUAUUUCCCCCGGUAGCCUAUAUGUCGAUGUGUCAUUGACCGGGCUAGCAUGCUAACUAAGCAUUACACUAGGAGCUGAGCAUCACACUAUAAGCAAUCGUUGCAGGAACAUACUAGCUUUGUUAGACAAGGUCAUAGACUGUAUUGGACAAAAUAGUUUACAGAUGAAAUGGGUAUUUCCAUUUAUUACAAGUAAUAAGAACACGUAAAUACCUUAGUUACCUAUAAAGGAGGAAAUUAGCAAGUUUUGCGUCAGAAGAAAAAAUAUUCUAAACCUUCAAUCAUCUCCAUCUUUCAAAGGCAUCCCCAAUACAAUUUCUCGUUUUGUUCCUGGCUUUGUCAUGAAUAGGUUGAGAAUCAUAACGACGCCUUUUAUAUUUACUAAGGUCUGACAUGUUUAGUAACUUUACCAGUGGCAGUACCUCGACGAAGAUGGCGGUGUGUAACUGGCAACCUGGAUGUGGCACAUUCACUGACUUUUUAAUUGGUCAAACGGUAGAGGGCGGGGCAUCAAAAUGAAAACAAUAACAAUAUUUCGGGACUGUAAAUCUAUGUUUAAAAUUAGCAUAUCCCGGCUAAUCGACCGUUAUCAGUUAUAAAGGUAUUCGAAAACAACAUGAUUUAUUAAUGCCUUUUGACAUAUCAGGGCCAUUUAAUGAUGACUUGACAUUCAAUUAUUACAUAUGGCACCUUUAAGUAAUUAUAACCCUGGACAAAAUAAGGAAAGUUUUCCUUAUGAAAUUGAUGUAUUUGUUGCUUAAUAAAUUUAUACAUAUAUAAUGUGAAUUUCAGUUGAUUUAUGUAUUUAUUUGGCUUUUGUGUAUAAUAUUUGAAUAGCACACAAAUGUAUAAAAUGUGUAUGAAGCUUGUGUCACCACAAUUUACAGGAAAAAAAAAAUCUAACAAUAUAAAAAACGCUUAUGUCUACAUCCUAUCCAAAGAAUGUUGUUUCGCUUACGUUGUCGUAUUCGGGACAGAUUCCUGCUCCACGUGCCAGCCUCCCAUCAUGCCACUCCCAGUUUUGUAUGCAAAACAGUCAACAGAAUACAAAAAGCUAACUUUGUAAACAUUUUGUCAGUCACAUAACAGAUGGAUAUUUAAAUGUUUAUAUCUUUGGUCAUUAAAUGCUGUUGAUAUUUUUC